UUUGCUUCUCUCCGUUCUCCCUGGGCAGCCCAAGUGCCCUUCUGUACCCCAUUUUGGGUGAUAAAAAGGUAUUUUGGGGUUGGUUUUCUGUCGCCGAGGGCUCUCUUCGGUUCGGUGAUGCUUAACUCUGCUGAGAGCACUUAAAAUUUAAAAACCCGUCAACGUCAACGUGAAGAGAAACGUAGAAUCCCCCGGCGGGCCAUUUAUCUGCAGGGGGAAAAAAUAUUCAUAAUUAAAACCAGUUUUCCUUUCGCUCUUUCUAGGUGAACUCACGACAGAGCUGGGAGAACGCGAUAUGAAAAUUGAUGAACUGUCUGCAGAAAUCGAAAAAGGUGAUAGAAGAAUUGGUGAACUCGCUGCAGAGCUUGAGGAAUACAAAGGAAAAUGCAUUGAAGAGCACAGUAAGUGCAUUUUUCUCCCUUCUACAAAUACCCCUUUGGCUUUUGGAUUUCAGCUUACAUCGCCGUUAAUAAUUUAUUUGUUAUUGUGCAUUUUUAGGGAAAGAGGAAGAAAAAAUGGCAAACGUGACGCUGGACCCGGAGACAGCCCACCCCCGCCUCGUCCUCUCCGAGGAUCAGAAGAGCGUGAGGUGGGAGUACGUGCUGCGGGAGCCUCCCGACAGCCCCGAGCGGUUUGACGCCGAUCCUUGCGUGCUGGGUUGCGAAGCCUUCACCUCCGGGAGACACUACUGGGUGGUGGAUCUAGCAGAGGGACAGUACUGCGCCGUUGGGGUCAGCA